UUCAUAAAUAAUCGACGUGUUUUAGUUUCUAUCUAUCCUGGUCUAGAAGUGAUCUUAUUUCCAACUCACAAAAUGAAGCUACUUUUAUUUUUGACAUUAUUGUCAUUAUCUUUAUUAAACCAGCUCACAUUUGUCAGCGGUAAUCAAAAUGAUCCAAAUGCGCCAGCAUACACAACAUUGCUGAAUAAAUUAAGCAAAAAAAACUAAAAACAAAGAUUUGCUGGAUAGUUUUAAAUCGGUUAUAAAAAUUCAAAAAGAUGUUCUAUCAACAGCUGAGUCAUCGGAAUGGUUAGAUGUUGAUUUCAAUAAUGGUCAACCCGUCAUGAACGAAAUUCGUAACAGUAAUUCCCGACCAAAGGAUUGGGUAAAUUUAAUGACUAAUCAUAUCGGCAACGUAGAAUUUGUGCUUAAGAAAAUGCUUGGCCCAGCAAAGGAUGACAUUCGCAAGGAAACAAAUGCAGAAAUCGACCAUCUUGUUAGUGAACGCAGUUUAAUUGACAAAUAUACCAAUAAGGUUUAUAAAUUUGUUAUAACCGAACCAAAGAUCAAAGAUAUAAAUGGAUUCGAAGGAGCACUUGCACAAUUUGAUGGUAAAAAAAUUGAUGCAAAACAUCUCAAAAAAAUCGGAAAUCAUUUAACAUCGAUGCAAAACACUUAUAAUCAAGUAAUAAAUAAGUUGACAGAUAAAGUGCCAGCAGCAGUCACCAUCAGAAAUGAAUAUUUGCGCAUAGCUGCUGUACAAAAUAUCAGACAAUGCGGUAGCCUGAAUUCGCUUCGUUACGUCGUUUCGAGUCUGUUACAAAAACAAGAUGCAUUAAAAACGGUUCUCAAUGAAAUAUGUACUAUUUUGAAUGAUUAUGACAAUCAAAGAGUUAAAUUGGCUGCAACCAUAACUGACUUUCCAAUUCAAAGUUUUAUUAAAAAUUAAUAGAUAUUUUUUUAGAAAUAAUUAAACACAGUGGAAUACAGAUUGGAUUGAAUUGAUGUUUUGAAAAUUGUUUAAUAUUUGCUUAUAAUAAACUGAAUUGAAAUCUUUUUUCCUUCA